AUGGAUCACGAGUUUCAAGCCUUUGUUGAGUUAGCAAUGGUCAACACUUCAACGAUAAACUGUGCAUCUUCUUACGAGCCAAAAGAAGAAGAAAUUUUAAAUAUAUUUAGUCGAAUCUUGAAGGAUACUAUGUUCUUGGGUCCUCCAAAUUCUGGGAAAACGAUUCUCUUUCUUGCCUUAGCUCUGUAG